GUGCGGGGGUCCCCCCUUUUUCAGGGGAAUAUAAAUAUAAAUAAUAUAUAGACGUACAAUUAGGAUAGAUAUUCGUGCCUCAAAAGUAAUCUAGUAGUAAUACCACUAGGAAAUACAAGUUAUAGUUUAGGACGAUCUGCUGUUAACAUUUCGAGAGCCAAUACCUCGGCUGAGGUUAAUGCUCGGGAGUCUUCCGGGAAUAUAACUUUGUUACAGCAAAGAAAAAUCGGUUGUCAUACGUACAAAUUCCACGACACGCAUAGGUCAACUGCGUUCAAUAUCGGUUCAAUAAGCAUUGACUCUCAGACGUUAUUGAGAGCUCAAUCAUGAAGCUGUCCCUACUGCCGUUUGUGCUUCUUCUUGUGGCAAAUUUGCAUUCUAGUGGUGCAUGGCGCAGUUUUAAGAAAGGAAGAAACAAUUAUGGCGACAUUGGAGAGCCUAACUUGUCCAAGCUCCGUGAUCCACCGAAAGAACAGUGGUUCACGCAAUAUUUGGACCACGAUGACGUCGUGGAAGGACGCACUUGGAAGCAGAGAUACUUUAUGAAUUCUGAUUACUACAAGGAUGGUGGACCCAUCUUUUUGAUGAUUGGAGGUGAGGGACCAGCCAGUGGAAAAUGGAUGCUGGAAGGCGCAAUGAUUGAGUAUGCCAGGGACUUUGGAGCCAUGUGCUUCUUGCUGGAGCACAGAUACUAUGGCAUGAGCCAUCCGGUGUCUGACCUGGGUGUGAAGAACAUGAAAUGGUUGACUUCCCAACAAGCACUUGGCGACUUGGCCUACUUCAUCAAUGGUAUGAAGGGUGAACACAAAUUAACUAACAACAAGUGGAUCGUCUUUGGGGGCUCUUAUCCCGGCUCAUUGGCUGCUUGGAUGCGUUACAAGUACCCUCAUCUCGUCCAUGGUGCAGUAUCUUCUAGUGGUCCUCUGCUCGCUAAAAUUGACUUCCAAGAGUACAUGAUUGUGGUUGAAGAAUCUCUAAAGACACAUUCUCAAGCUUGUGUCGAUGCCAUUGCAAACGCGACUAGCCAAGUUGAUUUGUUUUUGAAACAUCGCAAUGGUCAGCAGGAACUGGAAAAACUUUUUCACUUCUGUGAUCCAAUUGAUCAGGGACAUACGUCCCAAGAUGACAUUGCCAACUUGUAUGAAACUGUUGCCGAGUACAUUGCCGACGUUGUUCAAUAUAAUAAGGACAAUCGCAACGGAAGUUCAAUAAGCAUAGAUGACGUUUGUGAUGUAAUGGUUGAUCAAAGUAAAGGGAUUCCCCUCCAAAGGCUUGCCAAAGUAAUUAGUAUGCUGCUUGAGAAGAACAAGGACAAGUGUCUGGAUUAUAAAUUCAAUAAAAUGGUCGAUGAGUUGAGAAACUUAACAUGGUCUGAGCAAGAGAAAGAAGCUGGAGGUCGUCAAUGGAUGUAUCAAACGUGCACGGAGUUCGGGUUUUACCAAACCUCGACUGCACGACCGAAAUUGUUCAGCCAAAGUUUUCCUGUUGAAUUCUUCAUCAAACAAUGUACCAAAGUUUUUGGACCCAGAUUUGAACAUACCUUGGAACCAGGAGUAAUUCGCACCAAUUUAAUAUACGGCGGCUUGACUCUACCGGAAGUAGUUUCAAACGUUGUUUUUGUACAUGGAAGUAUUGAUCCAUGGCAUGCUCUUGGAAUUAUCAACUCUACUUUGCCAAACGCUCCCUCAAUCUUCAUCAAAGGUACUGCCCACUGUGCAAAUGUUUAUCCCUCAUCUGAUAAAGAUCUACCUCAAUUGACUGAAGCAAGAAAGAAGAUAGCAGGCUUGAUUAAAGAGUGGCUCAUGUGAACAAAAAUUUUCGAUAUCUAUAAUGAUAAGUAUACACAACAACGGAGGCUAUUGUUUAAUUAUUGUUAAAUUUAAUAUUUGAUAAUGGCAUAUAAGUUUUUAUAAAGUUUUCUCAC